UUCCCGGAGCUUCUGUCACAUAGACUGGGACUGAGUCCGGCGUACAGCGCUGCCUCGGCUCCGGCUUUGGCUCCGGCUCCUGGCGGCUCUGAGCGGCUCCUGGCGGCUCCUGGGUGCUCCGGGGUGCUCCGGGGGAAGGUGCGGGUUCGGCGCGGAUAAACCCCGGGGAGAAGCGGGACUGUGGAGCUGUAAGGAUGUAGUGCAGUGUUACAGGGUGGCGCGGAGUCUGACUUUAACCGUGUCGUGUUUACCGGAGUUUUAAUUCUUCACCGAAGUUUCCUUUUGGAAUAAAUAAUUAUUUAUAUUUCACAUUAUGGUAUGGGACAAAGGGAGAUUUUACUCCUGAAUGCCUCCAUGAAAGGGAAGAACACCGCGGGGUGUCGAUUAGAUUCUGUGCUGAAGAAGGAAGUUCAGCCCGGACCACCAGAUGCCCUUUACUCAGCCAGGUACGGUCUGGGCCGCGGGGUGAAGCGUAAGCUAAACAAUGGAGAGGAGCCCUCGCUGGACCUCCCGUACCCCCAGCAGAGGCAGCUGGUGCUGGACCUGUGCCUGGACAAACUGCAGAGCUGCCAGAGCCGUGCUGACCCCAGCCUUCACCGCUCGGUGCUGCUGGCCAACACCCUGCGCCAAAUCCAGCAGGAGAUGAAGCUGGAAGGCGGAGACGCUCCACCACCUCCAUCAUCUUCCCAGUUUCCUCCCCUGACCCCACGCCACGUCUCCGAACUCCCGCCUGUAUCUCUCGACCCUUCACCGUCUCUCCCCUCUGGACCCGUGUCCACACCAUCCCCGGCGCUCUCGGACGAGGUCUACUCGAAGACGCCCGAUUCCCUCUUCGGCACUUUCGAAAUCACCAACUCUACCAGCUACCUGAGGGACCUGGCGCUCGACGACAUCUUCGAGGACAUCGACACGUCCAUGUACGCGUCGGAAAUCCCGGCGUUUUGCGCGCCUAAAGACGACGGGCUGAAGAACCCGUCAAACCUGCAGCUCUGCCUGGCCGACCUCAGCGACCUCGACCACAUCAUGGACAUCCUGGUGCACCCCUGACCUUCAAGCCAUCGUAAAAUUUACACCGUUUUUACAUGUAAUGUCUAUUUUUAUACAAAGAACUGAUAUUUAUAUAUAAAACUUUAAUCUCUCACACACACACACACACACUGUAAGGAUGCACACGGAUCUUUUCCUAUGUAAGAAGUGUACAAGCAGGGAGCGAACACAAAGUGUUACCACGGAGACUUUUUACAACAAAGAGAACUUUAUCUGAUUUUUUACUGGUGAACGUGAUCCUGCGAUAAAUCAUACACACGUCUAUUUAAUCAGUAAUUACCAGACAUGCACACACUCGCACUACCUCUUAGAAACCAACAGCAAUCCCACUCGUACUUUUAUUUAUUUUAUCUGUCUCUCACACACACACACCACUCCCAGCCUGCUCUGAUGAAGGACAAAAAAUUUCAACUUUCUGUAUGUGUGUAUGUGAAUAUAUAUAUAUAUAUAUAUAUAUAUAUAUAUAUAUAUAUAUAUAUAUUUUCCCCUUUGCUCUGGAACCCUGUAGUGCCUAGAAAAGGAGGAUGAAGACUAGCAAUGGUGGACAUGCACACUGUGGACACACACUCGUUAUUUCUGUCGUUUCUACUCUGCUUUCUUUCGUCUCCGGGUGAAAUCCUGGUCUCCUGAAUAAGCCAUGUAGACGUUCUGUAGACGUUUGUAUGCAAUCUGCACUGAAGACGACACUACAGAAAGUAGAAGCUCUGAGGACACGUUCCAGGUCCUACACAUUUUGGAAAAGUGUGGAAUUUGAGUUGAGUGGUUUAAGGUCUGGGUUGGGGGGGCGAGCUGUAAUAGGGUUUUAUGUUGUGAGACAGCUGUUGCCAUGACAGAACAUCGCCCCAAACGUAGUAAAUAUGAAUAUUCGAGUCCGGAAACAUGUGUGUAGGAACCCAACUUCCCGAAUCCCUCUGACGGUCUCUCUCGGGUCCCGAAGAGUGUGGGCGGAGCUAGAAGCAGCAACACCUCUUCGAUCGGGCGAACAUGAGCCGGAUUUCUCGCCACGAGCCAAUAACCAACACACUCAAGACCCGUCUGAUUUAUUCGUGAGUGUUCAGGCAUACCGUCGAGCGAUCAAACCAUCUGCAGCUUCGGGUCAGACGGUUCCGUUCUUUUAGUGUUCCAGGCUCCGCCCCCUCACUCUUUACUGUCCUGUGGUAAAUAAAGUGCCGGUGCAGGGUUAUGGGUAUGUGCACAGAUACGCUGUUUUUCCUGAGGGAGGAGAACGAUGGCCAAAGGGGGGAAGGGAAGGGCAGGAGGAGGAGCUAAAGGAGGAGGAGCUUAAUCCUGUGCAUCACAUGGAUGGAGGAAGUUGUGAAAAAUGCUGUAUUGAAAUGCGUGUGUGUGUAUAUGUGCGCGAGUAUGUGUGUGUGUGUGUGUGUGUGAGAGAAAGAAAAUGCAAACCUCAACUACCCCCCAGACUACACACACACACACACACACACACAGAGGCCCCAGUACUUGUUUUCCCCUCUCAGCCAAUCGGUGCAGCUUGGGGGCGGGGCUUAUUGUAGAAAAACGCUCAUCUGCUCAGGGCUCACAUGCUGGAGUACAGUAUGUUAAUGUGUGGAGCCCUGCCAUGCUUUCCUUUAUCUUUUCUCUCUCUCUCUCUCGCCUGCUCUUACUCUGUCUCUCGCUCGCUCUCACUUUCUCUCUCUCUAUUCCUCUGCGUUCAUUUGUUUGAUUACUCCACAUCUGAAGACACAAUAAAUGUACAGAUACGGGUUACUGUUUAACGCUCUUCCUUCAGCUCAGGCUCACAGACACCCUCCUCUUCCUCUCCCUCCUCUUCCUCUCCCUCCUUUUCCUCCUCAAUCUCGCACUCAUGAGGCAGAAACCCGACUCGACUCCCUUCACACUCUCGUCCUGCACUGCUCCAUGGAUCAAAUCAAACCCUGGAGCUUAUUUACGUGUUGCUUGAUUGUGACCACAGAAACAUUUCUGUAUAUAUUUCUUUCUCUCUGUUUGUUUAUAAUUUAUUGCUUUAAUUUAUGAGCGAAUUCUUCAUCAUCUGCGUUGUUUUUGUAGAGCGGAAUCGUGUGCGAUGUGUAGCUCACUAAUGAAGAGUUUUUAAUAUAUAUAUAUAUAUAUAUAAUGAGUAUUUGUAAGAAAGAUCAUUUUUUAUUCAGAUUCUCUUCAUCCUCCUCCUCCUCAGAAGCCCAGGCGGUUAUUCUGGCAGCUCCUUCACGCUGUUCCCACACACCGACAUCGCAAUAAGAAGAAGAUAAAUAUAUAAUACGUCACGUCUGGAGUCCUACUGCUUUAUUAUCUCCUCAACUCCUCCUGAGCCAUGAAGCUGCACCAUCAUGUGAUUAGAUUAAUGUAGGGAGCUUUGAUAUUCCACUGCCUUGAUCAACACACACACACACACGUACAUAAAAAGAGCAUAAGAUUGUAAAAGAAAGAUUUGAAAGCUUUAUGUCUGUUCUUACGGCCUGAACGAUUUUUAUUUAUAUAAUGAGUGAAUUAUCCUGAAACAAUUGUAAUCUCCUGUCCCAAGUGCAAUAUAAACCCUGUGUGUUUGUGUGUGUGUGUGUGUGUGUGUGUGUGUGUGUCUGAUGGACUGACUCGCAGCUCCUGCGUCCUGUAAAUAACAUCGCUCGUGUUCUAUGCAAAAUCAGAGUUCAACAAAUAAACCUACGUUUAAUAAAAUCACGUGUUUAUUAUUAUCA